CAAUCGCGGGCCUUGUCUUGUGCUAGUAAUUUCACACAGCAAUGGCCGUCUUGCAGCUUGAAAAGCAGCGAGGGCGAUAUGCUGCCCUUGCCAUAGCUGCAGUGGUCAUUGUGGUGGGCAUCCCACUAUGGUGGAAGACAACAGAGACCUACCGCGCUUGGCUGCCUUUCUCUGAGAUCAGCGAGCUCGAUUCCCUUCAGCUCCAGCUAAGUGUUAAUAUAGAGGUGGUCUUCUCUCGGGGAACACUGACCCCAGAACAGCAGACAAAGGUUCCACUCAGCAAUGUUAGAGAACAAGAACACGUUGUUGAUGCUAAAACAGGUCUUCGGUACACAUAUGAAACCAAAUAUCGCACUGCCACUAUAAUGGAGGAAGACGCCUUGAAUCAGCACACUGCUGCAGAAGCAGAUCUAUCCUUGCAUAUACUCUCGGAGAGUUCUUGUGGGUCUGUGGUUGUGUAUGUGAUCCCCGACUCCUCCACCCUAUUGCCAGAGGAUGUGAAAGUGUAUGUUGGCCAGAGGCGCACUGCGCUGCUACGUUCUGCUCCCGUUAAAAGUUUGUGGAGUUUGAAGAAGGUCCUAUCAAAUCUAGACCCGCAAGUGGAGCAGAUAGUGAACACCAUGUCCUUCAGUCACCAGGAUAUUAUAGCUGCUCUGAGUGACCGUGUUCGCAUGGCCAAAUUCACCAAGGAGAGUAUGGCAGACAACAUGAGAUCCAUCAAAUCUAGCCCAGGCUAUGAGAUCACAUUCAGUCUGCUCAAUCCAGAUCCAAAGUCACACAAUCUUCACUGGGAAAUCGAAGGUGCUCUUCAUGGCUACAUUCAGCCUCUACUGAAUAAACUUUCCCCUAUAGCCAACUUUUCAGUGGACUCUCAGAUUCUGUAUUAUGCCGUUCUUGGUGUUAACCCUCGAUUUGACAACAGUGUGUCAGCCUACACACUCAGUGCAGACAGCCUUUCACACGUUAUCAAUCCUGUCGAGGCAAGACUUGGGUCCAAUGCAGCUUCCUCAAACCCUGUUUUAAACUUCCUGCUGUAUGUGCCAGAUGCCCUUCACUCUCCUCUUUUCAUCCGAGACCACAGCAAAAAGGAGGUGCCCUCCAAUGCCUUCCACAGCCCGCGCUGGGGUGGCAUCAUGGUAUACAAUGUGAAUGAUAUGUAUGGAUCUGAAGCUGAACUACCUGUAGACAUAAACAUUAACAUGGCAAAAGUGAUGGGUGUGUUUUUGGCCCAGUUACGCCUUCUGCUAGGACUACAGCAUACUCAUCCUCCUCCAGGCUUUGUGCUGCAGAGCCCAGGCAGUGCUGGACUGGCCGACUGGGAGCUAGAUCGGCUGUUGUGGAGCCGCAGUGUAGAGAACAUAGCCACUGCAAGCACCACCAUCACCUCGCUGGCUCAGCUUCUCGACCAAAUCGGAAAUAUUGUAAUCAAUGACAACAUUGCACAACAGGUUUCCAGUGCAGUGACUUCGCUCCAGUCUGCUGUCGCUGAACUAGAGGCUGGGAAUUUAGCUUUUGCUCUCCAGUACAGCAGGGAGGCCAUUUUGGCUUCAGAGAGAGCCUUUUUCGACCCCUCUCUUUUGCAUCUCCUUUAUUUUCCAGAUGAUCAGAAGUUUGCCAUCUACAUUCCUCUAUUCCUACCCAUGUGUGUGCCUAUAGUACUGUCACUGCUGAAAAUUGUGAGCGAAAUUAAGCAAAGACAAGCAGAUAAACAAGCCAAAAGUGACUGAGAGCCCACAGUUUGUCUGGCGUAUACACACACAACACUUGCGCUUGCAUAGAGAGCAACAGCGUCUGCCUUUGUUGAUUUUGUUUUAAAUGCACUUGAACUGAUUCAGCAAAAUAUAACAGAAGUUGUGUGUGGUACGUUUUCUCAGUAUUUAUUAGACCAGGAGUCUAGCAGAGUUAUCAAUUGAAAAAUAACUUUACUUGUCAAGGUAUCUUGAUGUAUUUGUCACUUAUGACAUGAUGUGAAAGGCAGCUUAUGUGGAAAAAUAUUUAUUUGAAUGAAUAAUGAUCAGUAUGCAUUCAGGUGUACUCUGCACACAUUUGUAAGUUUUUGCACUGCAUGUCUCGUUUUAACAGUUAACUCUGGGCAAUGAUUCAUCUCAGCUUUAUUAAUGUUGGUGAGGGUUUAUUUGGUACUAAUUGGUAUGUCUUUUAUCAAGAGGUUAAAAUUGAUAAAUUGGGGCAGCAAUAAAAAUAAAUGCUUGUAUUACCAUUAAUGAAUGUCAGGCAGUGUUUGGGUCGAUGGGUGUUUUCAAUUUAAAAUGGGGCCAUGUAUAAGAGAUACCAUUUUGUUUUUUUUUAUUAUUAUUAAAUGAAUGGGAACCUUUGGUCAGGGAUGAUGCCACAAUGUAAUAUUACUUUCUUGUGAAAAACCUUAGUGCAUACAGUUUUCACUGUAUGCAGUAUACUUGUGUAUGUUGUGCUUGGUAUACAGUUUUCAUUGUACAUGUACCAUUGUCUGAUAUCAUUUAUUAUGCUUAUUAACUAAUUAUACUAAAUCAAAAUGUUUAAAGGACUGGGUGAAAUUAUAUUUAAUGUAACAAACUACUGUUUCUUUUCUGAUUUGUACAGCUCAUGCAGAGUGUGUUUAUUAAUUACAGAUAUUUCAAUGUGGGUUUUAUUCUGUUACCAGAAUAUUCACAGGAUGACAAAAAUAAAGCUUU